ACUCAGGCACAUACACAUACCCCCAGUCACUGACAUUCCUCUCUAGUCACUGUGUGGGGAAAGGACAGAGCCUGUUUGAAGCCUGGCGCUACGCUGGAAAGCCUCUCACUAAAAGGCAAAGAGGACCCAGAGGAAGAAGGAGCAAGUGCCUUUUGGAACCCCCACAGGACGACAUACCACAUAUAUACUUUAUAUAACACACUCUCUCUCUCUCACACACACACACACACACACACAUGUACGACAGCUACUAUAAAACAUCAUAUCUAUAUUUACAUAGUCACAAUAGAACACAUGUGCAACAUUUCCUGGAAACUUUUGAGUUUCCCCAAAAGACAAGAGUCCGGAACAUAUCUUGUGCAUGACCAGAAAAAGACAGUGAUGCCCUUUCGGACUUGGUUCCUGCUAUACUUGUGCAUCAGUACUGUCCAGUUCAAUGGACACUAGAUGAUCUGGAUUGAUGAUAUAUCCGACGGUCUUCUGAUUCAGUCAGUGGGGGGCGCAUAUUUCAAAGAAGGACACACAUUAACGAAGAUGCAAUAAAGAAGACCUACUAAAGAAGCUAACUUUUUUGCCUUUUCCCUGUUUUCUGCGACAAUGUCAUGGGAAAAGUUUACCUGUCAUUUGGUCUCCCUGGCAGCGCUCCUGAUUGCAGUGGACUGCGGUGCUGCAGAACAGCGCAGGGGCGCAGAGGGCGGUGUCAGCAACGCAGGCGGCAGCGGUAGCACCAGCAGCAGUAGUAGGCGCUACAACCGCAUCCAGCACGGGCAAUGCACCUACACCUUCAUCCUGCCAGAGAACGACGGCAGCGGCUCUGCCUGUCGGGAGGCCAAAGCUGGCGGACAGUACAAUGCCAAUGCGCUCCAAAGGGACGCCCCACAGGUAGAGCAAGAAUUCUCCACCCAAAAGAUCCAGCACCUGGAGCAUGUGAUGGAGAACUACACUCAGUGGCUUCAGAAGAUUGAAAAUUACAUUAAAGAGAGCAUGAAGAUGGAGAUGGCACAGCUACAGCAGAGCGCGGUGCAUAACCAUACAGCAGCCAUGCUGGAGAUGGGCACCAGUCUUCUGUCUCAGACAGCCGAGCAGACACGGAAACUGACAGACGUUGAGACACAGGUUCUGAAUCAGACGUCAAGACUUGAGAUCCAGCUACUGGAGAACUCUCUGUCCACCAAUAAACUGGAGAAGCAGCUCCUGCUCCAGACCAAUGAAAUAAGCAAACUUCAUGACAAGAAUGGGUUCCUGGAGCAGAAGAUGCAGGAGAUGGAGUCCCGGCACCGGGAAGAGCUGGAGGCCCUGCGUGAGGAGAAGGGGAGCUUGCAGGAGCUUGUGGGCAAGCAAAGCAGCGUGAUCCGAGAGCUGGAGACGCAGCUGGGCCACGCCACCGGCAACAACACCGCCCUGCAAAGGCAGCAGCAGGACCUGAUGGACACCAUGCACAGCCUGCUCACCCUCUGCUCCAAGGGAGGAGUGGUCCCAAACAGCACAAAACAGGCAGAUGAGGAGAGAAAAUUUCGGGACUGUGCUGACCUCUUCCAAGCGGGGUUCCACAAGAAUGGUGUCUACACUAUCCACAUUAACAUGCUGGAGACCAAUAAGGUGUACUGCAACAUGGAGUCUGCCGGAGGGGGCUGGACAGUGAUCCAACACAGAGAAGAUGGCAGCUUGGAUUUUCAGAGGACCUGGAAAGAGUAUAAGAUGGGCUUUGGAAGUGUAUCAGGGGAGCACUGGCUAGGAAACGAGUUCAUCUACCUCCUCACCAGCCAGAGGCAGUAUUCCCUACGGGUGGAGCUAACAGACUGGGAUGGACAGCAGGCCUUUUCCCACUAUGACAGGUUUCACAUUGGGAAUGAGAAGCACAACUACAGAAUGUUCCUGAAGACACAUAGUGGAACAGCUGGCAGACAGAGCAGCUUGGUGAUCCAUGGGGCAGAUUUCAGCACCAAGGAUGUGGACAAUGACAACUGCAUGUGCAAGUGUUCUCUCAUGCUAACGGGUGGUUGGUGGUUUGAUGCCUGCGGUCCCUCCAACCUUAACGGGAUGUAUUAUACCAAGGGGCAGCAUGUUGGGAAGCUCAAUGGCAUCAAGUGGCAUUACUUCAAAGGCCCGAGCUACUCCCUUCGCGCCACAACCAUGAUGAUCCGUCCAUUUGAAGUCUGAGAGAGACCCUUUCUUCCAGUAACACUCGACGGCACUGUCAAGGCUUGUGGAUUAUAAAGGAAAUAUCAACAACAUUUUGCAGAAAUGCUUUUCCAUGUAAAGGACCAGGACAUUGUGAAAGACGGUUGUCUUAAAGUUACUGAACUUACAGAGCCAGAUUUGAUCUCAAGGAUCAAGUUCUUUUUUCCUUCUCUUUUUCACGGAGGAGGGGGUGGUGUUAGGGAAGAAAAAUGUUGCCCCAACUUUAUUAUCUUGUUACGUUUUCAGUGUUAAGCACUGCCAUUCCGGCUUUACUCUUGAACUCUGGGCUUCUGUUGAGAACAAAACUGAACAGUCAUAACUGAACGAGGCCUGGCUGGAGCCACAAGUAUUUGUUCUUUCAGCUUUAUUUGUUUGCACUGCCCAAUGUUAACAGUGCCAAAUUUGAGACGUGCACAUAAACAAGAAAAUAAACCAUGGUUUUCCUAAGGCUUUUGGGGUUGAUGCAAAAUGGCAUUCUGAAUCAGAACAUUAUGAUUAAUGCUCUUUAUUUUUAUACAACAGUCUGAAAUGUUUGACGUACAGUUUGACAUUUUUAUACACAGUCUUCUACAAACAGAAAGGAAAUGAAGAACUGCACAAAGGAUUACAAGAUCAUUUUCUGUAGUUCAUAGAAGGACAAUUUUAGUGACUUAGUGCUACAUAUGAACUUUGAACAGGAUGCACAGUUUAACCAAUGUGGACUGAUAAUUCCUAAGCCAUAACUACCAUGUUGUUAUUGAAUCACUAAUAAGGAAGUCUGUAUACUCCACUGUGUGACUGCUUGUGAGCUUCUUUGAGACCCAAUAUUAUAUAAGUAUAUGUUGUUUCCUUCUUCUCAGUUUUAUAAUUUGAGCAAAUGUGAAAAGGAACACAUACCUGUACACAUGAGUGGGCCAGUAUUACUUACUGCCAUUUUUUAAACUGGUAACCAAUUCAAGAGGAAUAGAAAAUUUUAUGUCCCACGCCAUAUAUGUGUAUUGAUGUUAAUUUAUAGGCAAUUUGUGUCUUUGUUUUGAUUGUUUUUAAACUAUUGACUUUUUAAUUAGUUUUUCUUGAAGAGCAUUUUAAUGAUAUAAAAUCCAGUAUUCCAGCUGAAAUGUGUGUGUGGGGAAAUUGCACUGUGAAUAUGAAUGGAGGAAGAUGAGGGUAAGGAUGAAUAAUGUACCUACCUUCUGCCACUGUUACUCUGAUGUACAUUACAGUAAAUUAACUCAGUUGACAGAAUGUAGAAGCAAAACCUUAUUUCAUUUCCUAUUUAAUAAAAGUGUUUAACCACCUA